AUGAAGCGGAAUAAACGUGCGUUUAAUGCUACCAUCAUAGAUAAUGAUGAACUGGACUUUACAUCGGCGAAACACGGCGAUGUGUCGGACUUAGAUCACACGGAAUAUGUCGCUCCUCUGGAGGAAUCGGACGCCGAUGAUGGGCCUGUGGUUGUUAACGCAGCCGAAUUCGUAGCAGACAUACCAGGCAGCGCGGAGGAACGCAGACGUUCUCCAACGCCGCCACGUCGCACAGUGCUCAACGAUGACGAUGAUGUAAUAUAUCGCGACAAGAGCGGAAGGCGAAUCACCCGCGAACAAUGGCUGCUACUUCAUGAGAAGCGCAAACCUAAGUCGGCGCGUGCAGAAUCGACUCAGGAACUUUCCUGGGGAAAGGGUCUUGUACAGAAAGUCAACCACGAGGCACAGGAGGCUGAGGAGCGUAGGCUAGCGCAGCAACCCCUAAAUCGCUAUGACAUCGACGAGGAAUACGACAGAGAACUCAAGGCUCGAGGUCGAUGGAGCGACCCUAUGUUUUGCUCAGAAUCACGGCGGCCAGGUAUUACGUCGCCGAAAUGCGUUUAUUUUGCAUCAGAUGGCGACACUCCUAAGUGCCGAUUCGCCGCCGUUCCAAAUAGAUUCAAUAUCGAGCCCGGCUACCGCUGGGACGGCGUUAUCCGAGGUAAGGGGUACGAGGAACGUUGGUUUAAGGCUGAAGCUAGCAGAAAGGCGAAACAGAAGGAGAUGUACUUGAACAAUAUUGCGGACAUGUAG